UUCCGCGCCAGCCGCCAUCUUGUCGGCGGUUGGAGGCGCUCGCUGAGACGGGAGCCCGUUUUUUUCCCCGGCCGGAGUGGACCCUUGCCCGCCUCUCCCAUGGCGAACAACUGCCCCGUGCUAGGCGCCGGCAACUGCCACCAGCCCCCUCCGCAGCAGCAACAGCCGGCCGGGCCGCCGGCCGGAGCCGUUCUCUCGCCGCCACCGCUCCAGCUCCAGAGCGCGGGCCCCAAGCCGGCGGCCUCCGGCAAGCAAGGCAACGUCCUGCCUCUGUGGGGGAACGAGAAGACCAUGAACCUCAACCCCAUGAUCCUCACUAACAUCCUCUCCUCACCCUACUUCAAGGUGCAGCUCUACGAGCUCAAGACCUACCACGAGGUAGUCGACGAAAUCUACUUCAAGGUUACACAUGUUGAGCCUUGGGAGAAAGGAAGCAGAAAAACGGCAGGCCAGACAGGGAUGUGCGGAGGGGUGCGUGGUGUUGGAACUGGUGGUAUAGUAUCUACAGCCUUUUGUCUCCUCUACAAGUUAUUUACCCUGAAGCUAACCCGUAAGCAAGUGAUGGGGCUGAUAACACAUACAGACUCUCCUUAUAUUAGGGCCCUUGGAUUCAUGUAUAUUAGGUACACACAGCCUCCAACAGAUUUAUGGGACUGGUUUGAAUCCUUUCUUGAUGAUGAGGAGGAUCUCGAUGUGAAAGCUGGUGGAGGCUGUGUCAUGACCAUUGGAGAAAUGCUGCGUUCCUUCCUUACUAAGCUCGAAUGGUUUUCUACAUUAUUUCCAAGAAUUCCUGUACCAGUCCAGAAGAACAUAGAUCAACAAAUAAAAGCCAGACCUAGAAAAAUCAAGAAGGACGGCAAGGAGGGAGUAGAAGAAGUAGACAGACACACAGAGCGUAGACGUUCAAGGUCUCCAAGGAGGUCCUUGAGUCCCAGGAGGUCACCUAGAAGAUCAAGAAGCAGAAGUCGUCACCGAGAAGGCCGUGGAUCAUCCAGUUUUGAUAGAGAAUUGGAAAGAGAAAGAGAGCGGCAAAGGCAAGAACGGGAAGCCAAGGAGAGGGAGAGGCGACAGUCCCGAAGUUCUGAUCGAACGUUAGAACGUCGUCGAAGCAGAAGCCGAGAGAGGCACAGGAGUCGAAGCCGUGACCGAAAAGGAGACAGAAGAGAGAGGGACAGGGAGAGGGAGAAAGAAAAUGAACGCAGUAGAAAGAAGGAGCGCGACUAUGAUAAAGACAGAGGCAUUGAAAGAGAGAGAGAGCGAUCCAGAGAGAGAGAUCGCUCAAGAGAAAAAUCAAAAGACAGAAAAAGCAAAAGUGAAAUAGAUGAGAGGAGGCACAAAGAUGAAAAAGAUGAAAGGAGACAUAGAGAGGAAAAGAGAGAUUCCAAAAAAGAGAGGAGACACAGUAGAAGCCGAAGUAGAGAUCGGAAGCAUAGAAGUAGAAGUGUGAGUAGGAAUGCUGGCAAGCACAGCAGAAGCAGGAGUAAAGAGAAAUUGAGUAAACACAAGAGUGAAAGUAAAGAGAAAUCAAAUAAACGGAGCAGAAGUAGAAGCAGAGGAAGAACUGAUAGUAGUGAAAAGUCCCGAAAGCGAGACCGUAGCCCCAGUAAAGAGAGGUCACGAAAACGUAGCAAAAGCAAAGAACGUUCUCACAAACAUGACCACAGUGAUAAGGACCACUCAAACAAACACAAUCGCCGAAGCCAAAGCACAGAACGAGAGAAUCAAGAAAAACAAUCUAAAAACAAAGAUGAGACUGUAUGAAUGUUCAGAAGUGGAUCACAUUGAAUCCUAUAAAUGUUUUGAAACCUUGCUUAUUUUUUUUCUUAAAGUUAAGAUUGUGCAGUAGUUGAUGAGCACUCUUCAACCUCCCUUUAGGCUGCAGAUUGUCAUUUCCUAUUUUGAGUAGGGAAGUGCCUUUGUAAUCCCAUUAAACGCGUUGACUAUUCCAGCCCAUUUGUUGAGUUACAUUCAUGACGCAAAUCUGUUUGUGCAUUUUUAAAAAUUGUUCAGAUGUUUCUGAAAUGUACAAUCUGUACAUAUGUCCUGAAACUGUUCUAAUCCCUUUGGCAUGGUUUGCCAUGUUGGUUAAAUUUGUAUACGGCAAUAAAACUGCCACUAAUUCUACUUUGUUUUAUAGAUGUGGAAUUAUGGUUUCUAUCUGAAUUAGCAUGGCUGAGCUUUGCAUAAUAGUAUGGCAGAAGCUUUUAAGGAUGGGUUUUGAACAUGUAUUAUAUCUAAAAUAUUUAUGUGCAUUCAACAUCCACGAAGGUCACAGUUCUAGGACUCGUGUGUCCAUUUGUACCUUUUGUCUUGGAAAGCAUUCAGAAUGCAGUUUAUUUGUGAAACUCAGUGAAUUUUACAUUUAGAUUAGCCUUUCAAAGUAAUGCAGGGCCUAUGGUUUUGUUUCUGGUGUCUUUGUCAUAGCUGAGGUUGCUGCUACCUCUUAGGGACACUGUUAAGACUGAUACACCUAUGUAUCAUAUCUGUGUAGAUUUUCUGGUAAGGUUGUAUUCUUCGUGUAAACAUUUUUUCAAUACAAUAUCCCUAGGGUUUUUUUUUAUAUGCCACUUUUCUGUUGUCCUUAAAGCAACCCUAUGAGAAAAGAAACUGAGUUAACUGAGUCAGGGAAACCAGAUAAGGUCAAUCAGCAAACUUCAGGUUCAAGCUCCAAAAUAUUUUCAAGCAAAACAUCUCCUUAUUCUCCUUUUCUUUAAGGCAUUAUGGUUGUUGGUUUUUUAGAAGGACCUGAAACCACUGCUUGAGCUGAAGCAUAUUCUCUCCAGCAAGAAUAAAGUAGCUACACUGGUUAUAUGUGAGAUAAUGUCAAAAAUGCAGUGUUGAAAGAGAAAUCAUAUCACAAACGUAGUAUCUGUUUGGUAGACUUGUUCUAGUGACCUGUAUAAGAAAUAUAAAAUAUCUGGAAUAAAGACUGGAUUAAUUUA